AUGCCUUCAACAUAUUCCACACAAUCUCCUGUGAGGCUCUUAGAUCUGGAUGCCAAUGUAAAUCAGUUUAUUGAUGAAGCAACUAGGUGGUGGAAUAUACCUCUAAUUCAGAAAGUUCUCACAAGGGAUGAAGCUGUAAUGGUUUGUAGUAUUCCAAUCUGCCCGGGGUGUCAACAAGAUAGGAGGGUGUGGAUUGGUAUGAAUAAUGGUGAUUUUUCAGUCAAGAGUGCAUAUCACUUGGCCAAAACUGUUUCUGAGGCAAAACAGGGAAGCUAUUCGGAUUAUACACUCAGAUCAAAACAAUGGAAUGCCAUUUGGCAGAUUAAAGGUGCUGGAGAUGCUAAGGGGGCGUUUGAGGGAAGAUGGGCUCCAGCUAGUGGCAGUCAUUGCAUGACUUAUAUGGUUGCGAAGGAACAGCAACCGAAUCUAGUGGUGCAGAGGUGGAAAAAGCCUCCUUUUGGGGUUGUCAAGUUUAAUUGGGAUGCGGCCGUGGACAAAGAACGGGAAAGAAUGGGGAUUGGUAUUAUAGUUCGUGAUCAUAAUGGAUUAAUUCUUGCUGCUUAUGUGGCGUCGAGACAGUAUAUCACUGAUCCUACAACUACUAAAGCUUUGGUUGCUUGGAAAAUGGUUGAAUUAUGUGUGUGUAUGGAGUUUCAAAAUGUCAUUUUAGAAGGGGAUUCUUUGGAAGUUAUUCAAGCUCUACGUAAGGAGGAGUGUUCGUGGGGCCGUUGUGGUACUCUGAUUAAUGAUACAAAGCUGCUUUUACAAAAUGUAGAUCAAUGGAGCUUUUGUCAUGUGAAAAGCACAGGAAAUGUGGCAGCCUAUAGGCUUGCAAAGUUGGCUAUAUCUUUGAAUGAGGAGAGAUUAUAG